CACACUCAUUUCCACUGCACACUAUUCUUCUCUUUUGACUAGAUGGCAAGUUUAGAGGAAGACGAGUUGGUACAAAUGGUGCAAGAUUUUAUAGAAUCAGAAUCAACAUCCUCCACAACUUCCACUUCCUCAAAUUGCCACACCUUAACCCACACAACCCAAUUUUUUAUUCUGCAGGAUAUUCUAAGAAGUGAGGGUGAUGCAGCACCUGAGACUAAGGUGAUGAAGUGUGUACUGAAACAUAUGAGAGGUAGAAAGAGUGCAGAGAAAACAACCAAUCUCAGUAGAUGGCUUGCUGUGAGGAUGAAAAUGGAUGGUCUUAAUGCUUCUAUAUGUCACACAUCUUGGGCCACCUCUGUGGGUUGUCCUGCAGGUGAAUACGAGUAUAUUGAGGUGAUGAUGGAGGAUGAGGAUUACGGUAAAGCUUUGAGGGUGAUAGUAGAUAUAGAUUUCAGGUCCCAAUUUGAAGUUGCGAAGCCUACGGAAGACUACAAAGAAUUGACAGAAUCGGUUCCUUACAUUUUUGUUGGGAGUGAGAAGAAGCUGUGCAAGAUAAUUUCCUUGCUAUGUUCUGCUGCGAAACAGUGUCUAAGAGAGAAGGGUCUUCACGUGCCUCCAUGGAGAACCGCAUCGUACAUGAAAGCCAAGUGGCUUUCUGUGAGUCGUAAAGAAGGAUCAAAGGGUGAUGAAGAUAGUGAUAUUAUUGGUAACUGGGUACCUCCAUUGUUGAAACCAAAGAAAAGAGAUUUGGGUGGUGGUGGAUCUAGUUUGUCGAAUCAAUUAUCUAACAUGAGUACUGUAAAUUAUUGUUGCUAGGGGAGUCUCUUUAUCAUCAGAACAACCCAAUUUUGGACUUCUAUCUGCUGUUAAUUCGGUCAUCAACAUCACAAGUAUUUUUGUAUUCUACCAUAAAAUAAGCACUUAGCAUGGAAAACAAACAGACAAACACUGCUUACGUUAAUUUUUGGAGUUUAGUUCUUUAGUUUGUCAGCCCUGUAAUCCACUGGAGGAGGAUCCUGUUCUUCAAUAAACGAAUAUCCUUAUCUCUUUCAUUUU